ACUGAAUGAAACCGCUGCUGUUUUAGGAUGAACACGACACUGAAGCACUGGAAAGAGGCGGCCACUUUGAUUUUAGCUGCAGGACGCGGGCGUGGUUUCACCCCGAGACCACCGCUGACAGGGGAAAGCAGCUCUGGACAGUCACAUCUGCACCACAGGUCCCUCUUUGACUACGACGUUUUGCUGCUUAAAAGAAGCGGUAAAAGCGGAUUCAUGCCCAAUGCUUAUGUGUUUCCUGGGGGCGUGGUGGACGCGUCGGAUUUUUCCAGUGAGUGGCUGGACAUUUUCAGAUCUUUCACUAACUCCCCCACUUUCGGGUUAAGAAGUGUCAAACAGCAUCUGGAGACCAGACCUCCGAUCUUUGCUACUGACCGACUGAAACUAGGCUCUCCCAUCCCGGGAGAAGUCGCCCUCCGGAUCUGCGCGUUGAGGGAAACAUUUGAGGAAUCUGGCGUACUUCUGGUUGCUCCCAAAAUAGAGGAGAAAAAAAUGUUAAAAAACAUAAAGGACUUUGGUUACAUUGAGCACUACGGGGUGAAUGAUCUGUGCAGCAGUGAGCUCACCAAGUGGAGGGCUCUGGAACCAGAACCCUCCAACUUCAUCAGGAUGUGCAGAGAGCUGCAGGUGUUGCCUAACAUCUGGGCUUUACAUGAGUGGGGCAACUGGCUGACUCCAGCAAGCCGAUAUGGGACGACGAGGUUUGACACAGCUUUCUUCAUCUGCUGCUUGCAGGAGAUCCCGCAUACGCUACAAGAUGAUAAGGAAAUUGAGCGUUUUCAGUGGUCCACACCCUCAGAGAUCUUGCAGAGCUACCAGGCACAGAAGUUGUGGAUUGCGCCUCCACAGUUCUAUGAACUCAGCCGCCUGUGCCGCUUCCCUCUACUAAAUGAUCUCCAUAACUUCGCCAGCCAGCGUGCAACAGCGGGCUGUGAGCAGUGGAUGCCCGUUGUUGUAUCAAAUGAUGAACACCUUAUAUCGCUGCUGCCAGGUGAUAAACUUUAUCCAGUGGACAGCCCAAGAGACUCUGAAGCUGCGAAAAACACAGUCCCUCCAUCAAAGGAUCAUCAGGAUGCUUCGCCGCUCCACCGUAUUGUCAUAUCAGAUCGAUACACUUUAAGGCUACAGAUCACCAUCACUCCAAAAUACAACCACGUCCUACCUGUUGCACAUUCAGCAGUGUCACAUGACUCAAAAAGUCAGCUUUGACAACCCUGUGAUCCUUGUCCUCCUGUGCCUAUGAAAUAAAAAGUCACAAAACCAGA